AUGUCGACCACUUCGGCGGUCCGAUCAUCUUCGCGGCGAAAACUGUUUGCGCCCACACCCAUCAGCUCUGAUUCCACGAGCGUCUCUGUCACUGCGCCCACCACAGCUUCAGCCAGCAGCAAUGGUGUGGUCAAUGGUGCAGACGGCGAUGCAGCGCUAGCAGCGGCCAUGUCGGCGUCGGAAGCACGGCGGUCGUACUCUCUGCGACGAAGGGCACCGGCUGCUUCUACGUCGACAGCAGCGGCAGCGGCAGCGACGCCUGUCGAGGUGCGGAAGAGGAGGCCGAGGACAUCGGCAAAGCGAGCGCGGGCUCGGUCUUCGCCCUCUUCCGCUUCCGAUGACGAUUCCGCUGCUGGGUCUGACUUCUCCGACCACGACGAGGCACGCAGCUCGUCCGACCACGACAGCGAUGUCUUCUCCGCCGAACCAAGCUCCAAGUCCAAAGCCAUCAAACCUACUUCUACAAAGCGAACACGCAAGCCAGCUGUCAAACGUGACCCCUCCUCUUCCUCCUCCGCCGACGAAGCCAAACCAGCUGCGCGCAAACGCAGCAGCCCCAAGAAACCCACCGCCUCCCCCUUCGACGCCUCCCCUCGCAAGCCCACCAAGAAACCAAUCAAAGUGAACCUCGAACCGCACGAAGCGCACCCGGCGCCCGACAACUGGGAACUCGUCUACACGCUCCUCUCCAAGCAACGGCGCAAGAUCGUCGCUCCCGUCGACACGAUGGGAUGCGAAGAGAACGGGCGCCAAGACCGGCGCGCCGACUCGUGGCGUGCGACAGAGACGCCGCUCGAAGCAGCCAAACGCGAACGCCUCGCCACGCUUGUCUCGCUCAUGCUAUCCUCGCAGACAAAGGACCCCGUGACGGCGGAAGCGGUGUACAACCUGCAACGCACGCUCCCGAACGGUCUAUGCCUCCAAUCGCUUCUCGAAGCGUCUGACGAGACUAUCUCGACCUGCAUCGCCAAGGUCGGCUUCUGGCGCCGCAAGACCGGGUACCUCAAAUCCGCAGCACGCAUCAUCCAGAGUGACUUUGGCGGCGACGUCCCACGCACGGUUGACGAGCUCUGCAGCCUCCCCGGCGUCGGACCGAAGAUGGCCUUCCUCGCGUUGAGCAGCAUGGGCAUCCAGCUAGGCAUCGGUGUCGACACCCAUGUUCACCGCCUCACCAAUCGCCUCGGCUGGCACUCUACCAAGACGCCCGAAGAAACACGCCUCAACUUGCAGUCUUGGCUCCCCGCCGAACUGCACGGCAAAAUCAACCGGCUGCUCGUAGGGUUCGGGCAAGUAAUUUGUGUGCCCGUGGGCCCGAGGUGCGAUCUGUGCGCCGUAGGGCAGGCGGGGCUGUGCCCAAGUGCCAGGGUGCUCGACGAGCGGAGUACCGCGAAGCGGGUCAAGGUGGAAAUGCUGGCGAGUGAUGAUGAAGGCGUAGUGGUGGAGGAAAAUUGGGUCAAGGUCAAGAGGGAGGCGGACGAGGAGGGGGAGGGGGAAGCGAGGGUCAAAGUUGAGGUUGACGGGGGUGCAAUGGGGGUCGCCGAUUUGGCUGAGGCUGUGGCGGUGAAGAAGGAGGAGGUGGACGACGACGCUGUGUUGAAGGAUAAAGCUCUGGAUUGGUAG